CUCUACCUGCCUCUCCCCUGUGGACCUUUGGAAAGCAGCCGCCCACACUGGGGGCUUGGGCCUUGACCGUGCCGGGAGUCGAUCAAAACCUGUGACUGAGCUCAACCAUGGGACAUCCAGAUUCUCCUCAGAAGCAAGACUUUCCAAAGGACCAAUGACUCUGUACUCCAUGCCCAAUCGUUUAUUCCUACUCUGUAGCUAUGUCUCGAUCCCGCCAUGCAAGGCCUUCCCGAUUAGUCAGGAGGGAAGAUCUAAACAAAAAGAAAAACAGCCAACUGAAGAAGCCAUCCAAGCCAGCCAACAAAAAUGUGGCAUCAGUCAAGACUGUGUGUCCUGAAAAAUUAAAGCAAUUAAUUCAAGAAAGAGAUGUUAAGAAAAAAACAGAAUCCAAACCACCCAUGCCAGUCAGAAGCCUUCUGACUAGAAGAGGAGCAGCACAAAUGAGUUUGGAUAGGACUGAGGUUCUUUUUCAGAACCCAGAAUCCUUAACUUGCAAUGGGUUUACGAUGGCUCUCCGAAGCACAUCUCUUAGCAGGCGGCUUUCCCGACCCCCGGUGGUCAUAACCAAAACCAAGAAAGUCCCAUCUUCUAAGAAUUUACAAAAGCAACAUGAGUGUGAUUGCAAGGUACUCACUGAUGUGGGAGUAAAGCCCGCAGAAAAUGAAUCACACCAAAUGCAAGACCCCCGAAUCCCUCUUGACAUAGAGAAUUUAAUUGGUGUGCAAAAUACAUCUUUAAUUAAAGGGGAAGGCCAAGGGACAACACAGUCUUGGUCUCAAAGUGUCAAAGAUUCCAAAAUAAAUAUCCCUACUCCCUGUGGCUCUGUGGCUGAGACCCAUUCUGGGUCAUUGGAAGGGACAUAUGGUAGUGAAGGACUAUUCCCUGAACAGACAGGAAAUGAUACCAGUGGUUCCACUGAAUGUGUUCCUUUGCCCCAAAGAGCAACCCACAAGGUUACCUCUGAAAGAACCCCCAGCAUUCAGUUGGAAGAUUUGGGUUCACGAGUAGAAUCUCUUAAGCUGUCUGAUUCUUACCUAGAUCCCAUCAAAAGUGAACAUGAUUUCUGUCCCACCUCCAGCUUUAAUAAGGUUAUACCUGAAUUGGACCUUAGAAACUGUUUGUCUACUGGUGGGUCUAUAUAUCCUACCUCUUUAAUAAAACUCCUCCUGGCAGGCUCAGAACCACAAGAAACCCUUGGUGCUAACUCAGAUCAUCAAGAGGCCCUCAAAACUACUUUAUUUCAACAGGAGCUUCCUGGUGCUACUCUAGAUCAACAAGAAAUUCCUCUAAGAGAGGCCUUCAGUGCUAUCCCACAGCAAUUUACUGCAGAAGCCCUGGGUGAGACCCCAGAUCCACCAGAGAUUCCUGGUACUAUUCCAUUCCGGCAAGAGGUCUUUGGUGCUAUCCUGGAACAACAACAAACCCUUGGUGUGUGUGGUGGUGCUGCCCCAGACUUGCCUAUCUUCCUUCCUGCUCCUCCAAACCCACUUGCCACCUAUAAUGCUCCCCCAUCAUGGCCUGACUCAUAUGGGCUUGAGGCCCAGGGUGCUAUGCAGAUUUUGCCUUUGGGUUCAGGUCACACUCCUCAAUCAUCAUCAAACUCAGAGAUAAGUUCAGUACCUCCAGCAAUGACUAUAAACAAUAAGGAAAAUGAGAAGCAAGUUCAUAUAAGCUUUCUGCCAGUAAACACUCAGGGCUUCUUCGUAGCCCCUGAGAGAGAACUAUGCCAGGCUUCGUUGGGUGUUGCCCAGCUCUCCCAGACAGGUCCCAACAAAUCAGAAGGAGGAAUUUCCCAGGACAGCACAACAAGCAGGGUUGAUCUUGUCAACCCCACAGUGGAGUCUUUGUCAGUGUCACUUGCUACUACCUCCUCUACUUCCUAUACAACUUUGCUACCUACUUUGGAAAAAAAGAAACGAAAGCGAUGUGGGGUUUGUGAGCCCUGCCAGCAGAAGACCAACUGUGGUGAAUGUACUUACUGUAAGAAUAGAAAGAACAGCCAUCAGAUCUGCAAGAAGAGGAAAUGUGAGGAACUGAAAAAGAAACCAUCCAUCAUUGUACCUUUGGAGGUUAUAAAGGAAAACAAGAGGCCCCAGAGGGAAAAGAAGCCCAAAGUUUUAAAGGCAGAUUUUGGCAACAAACCAGUAAAUGGCCCCAAGUCAGAAUCCAUGGAAUACAGUAGAUGUGGUUAUGGGGAAGAACAAAGAUUGGAAUUGAACCCACAUCCCCUUGAAAAUGUAACUAAAAAUGAAGAAAGCAUGACAGGUAUUGACGUGGAGAAAUGGACACAAAAUAAGAAAUCACAUUUAACUGAUUUAACCGAUUAUGUCAAAGGAGAUUUCAGUGCUAUUGUGAGUGAAGCUGAAAAAUUGAGGAACUCUGAUGAUGACAGGAAAAAAGUCCUACUUACCGACUUCCUUGAACCUCAGAAAUUAUUUGCACAAACUGUAAGAAAUGGCAUUAAAAAUGUACCCUAUUUACCAACUGAAACAAACACAUUUAAAAAAUUCAGUAUUGAAGAAUUUGGCAAGGCACUUGAAAACAAUUCCUACAAAUUCCUGAAAGACACUGCAAACUUCAACAAUGCCAUGAGCUCCAUUGCGAACAGCGCGAGCUGUGAUCAUCUCAAGGGGACAAGUGAUGUUUUUGUCUUCCAGAAGCCUGGCUUUCACUGCAAGUCUAUUCCAGAUCCUGCAAACUUCAAUUUAAAUAGUCAUACCAGUACCCACAAUGAAAGUGAUCAACCAAAAACUCCUGAGAAUAUACCAAGUAAAGAACCAAAAGAUGGGUCUCCAGUUCAACCAAGUCUUUUAUCCCUAAUGAAAGUCAGGAGAUUAACACUUGAGCAAGUAGUGGCCAUAGAGGCCUUGACUCAACUCUCAGAAGCCCCGUCAGAGAAUUCCUCACCAUCAAAAGCAGAGAAGGAUGAGGAAAAAGAGCAGAGAACAGCUAGUUUACUAAAUAGCUGUAAAGCUAUCCUCUGUUCUGUAAGAAAAGACCUCCAAGACCCAAAAUUACAAGUGGAGCCACAAAGCCUGCUUCACUGCUCAUCUUUGGAGAAACAGAAUUCAUGCAACACACUGGUUUUCAACGGCCAAAACACCGUUUCCAAGUCACACAACAGUUCAGCUGCUAACCAAGCAUCCAGUAAGCCACAGGAAUGUUCAAAAGUCACAAAUUCAAAUUCUCUUUUAAUACCAGAUUCAAAUUCAUCUAAAAUUGACACCAAUAAAAAUGUUGCUCAAGAUAAAAUUACUGUUGACAAUUGUUCCAAGGAUUUGCAUCAGUUACAACCAAGAAGUAAUAAAUUGGAGCAUUAUAACCAGUUAUUGGAUAACAGCAAAAAAUUGGACUCAAAGGAUGACCCAUCAUGUCAGGAUGCAGCUCAUAGUCAAAUAGAGGAAGAUGUUGCAACACAAUUAACACAACUUGCUUCAAUUAUUAAAUUUAAUUAUAUGAAACCAGAGGACAAAAAAGCUGCAAGUACACCAGCAAGCUUGGUUGCAUAUGAUUUGCAGCAAAAAUAUAUUCAGGAGAAGGGCAUGAUACCACAGAAACCACCUUCAAAUAUACAGAAUAAUCACAGCUUGUUGUUAACAAAGCAAAAGAACACAUCCCAGAAAAAGAUAAAAUCUACCCCAUCAAGAGAGCGACGGAAAAAGAAACCUACAGUCAUAAGUUGUCUAGAAAAUGACCAGAAGAAUCAGGAACAGUUGUCCUAUGAGUAUAGUAAGUUACAUGACAUUUGGAUAGCAUCCAAAUUUCAAAGAUUUGGUCAAUUUGGCCCACAUGAUUUUCCUAUUCUGUUGGGAAAGAUUCCUCCCCUAACCAAAGCAUGGAAACCACUGACUCAAACGAGUUCAGCAUCGCAACACAAAAAAUUAUUUCCUCCACUCGCUCAGAUAAAAUUUGAGAGAUAUUAUCCUGAAUUAGCCCAGGAAAAAUUGAUAAAGGUUGAGCCAUUGGAUUCUUUCUCUGUAUCUCCCUUCAAAACAGAAAUCAGUGAGCAGGCGUUUACAGAAAAAGCUUACAAUUCUCAGGUACAGCCAACAGUGAAUGUCAAUCAGAAAGCUCAUCCUUUGCCCCAGCCCUCCUCUCCCCCUAACCAGUGUGCUAAUAUGGUAGCUGGCGAUGACCAAACACAGUUUCAGCAGGAUUAUAAAGAACGACUCAUGCAUCAGAGACUGCCAACAUGGCCUGGUAUCUCUCAUGAGAAACCCCUACCGGACCCAGCACAAAUUCUCAGGAAUGUAAAUGUAGUAUGUUCGGGUGGAAUUACAGUGGUUUCAACCAAAAGUGAAGAGGAUGUCUGUUCAUCUAGUGUUGGAACAUCAGAAUUUUCUCCAGUAGACAGUGCACAGAAAAGUUUUAGUGAUUAUGCCAUGAACUUCUUUACUAAUUCCACAAAAAACCUGGUGUCUACUACAAAAGAUUCUGAACUGCCAACCUGCAACUGUGUUGAUCGAGUUAUACAAAAAGACAAAGGUCCAUAUUAUACACACCUUGGGGCAGGACCAAGUGUUGCUGCUGUCAGGGAAAUCAUGGAGAAUAGGUAUGGUCAAAAAGGAAAUGCAAUAAGGAUAGAAAUAGUAGUGUAUACAGGAAAAGAAGGAAAAAGCUCUCAUGGGUGUCCAAUUGCUAAAUGGGUUUUAAGAAGAAGCAGUGAUGAAGAAAAAGUUCUUUGUUUGGUCCGGCAGCGUACAGGCCACCACUGCCAAACAGCUGUGAUGGUGGUUCUCAUCAUGGUGUGGGACGGCAUUCCCCUCCCGAUGGCUGACAGGCUGUACACUGAGCUCACCGAGAGUCUAAAGUCCUACAAUGGCCAUCCCACAGACCGCAGAUGCACCCUCAAUGAAAAUCGUACCUGUACAUGUCAAGGAAUUGAUCCAGAGACUUGUGGAGCUUCAUUCUCUUUUGGCUGUUCAUGGAGUAUGUAUUUCAAUGGCUGCAAAUUUGGUAGAAGCCCAAGCCCCAGAAGAUUUAGAAUUGAUCCAAGUUCUCCCUUACACAACUACUAUGAAAGAAUUACUAAAGGACGUUAUCCAGAAAGAAGAUAUAUGAAACCGGAACGAAUCUGUCCGGGACACGAGGCCAUGGAAAAAAACCUUGAAGAUAAUUUGCAGAGUUUGGCUACACAAUUAGCUCCAAUUUAUAAGCAGUAUGCUCCAGUUGCUUACCAAAAUCAGGUGGAAUAUGAACACGUGGCCCGAGAAUGUCGGCUAGGCAGCAAGGAAGGUCGUCCUUUUUCUGGGGUCACUGCUUGUCUAGACUUCUGUGCCCAUCCCCACAGGGACAUUCACAACAUGAAUAAUGGAAGCACUGUGGUUUGUACUUUAACACGAGAAGAUAACCGCUCACUGGGUGUUAUUCCUCAAGAUGAGCAGCUCCAUGUGCUACCUCUUUAUAAACUUUCAGACACAGAUGAGUUUGGCUCAAGGGAAGGAAUGGAAGCCAAGAUCAAAUUUGGGGCCAUUGAAGUCCUCACGCCCCACCGCAAAAAAAGAACACGUUUCACUCAGCCUGUUCCUCGUUCUGGGAAGAAGAGAGCAGCGAUGAUGACGGAGGUUCUUGCUCAUAAGAUGAGAGCAGUGGAGAAGAAACUCAUUCCACGAAUCAAGAGGAAGAAUAAUUUGAUGGCAAACAACAGUAAGGCCUCAUCACUGCCGCUUUUAGGGAAUAAAACCGAGACCUUGCAACCUGAAAUAAAAAGUGAAACUGAACCACAUUUUAUCUUCAAAGGUUCAGACAACACUAAAACCUACUCACUGAUCCCAUCCAUUCCUCACCCACUAAAAGAGGCAAACUUACCUCCAGGCUUCUCCUGGUCCCCUAAGAGUGCUUCGGCCACACCAGCUCCAUUUAAGAACGAUACAACAGUCUCCUACGGGUUUUCAGAAAGAAGUAGCAAUCCCCACUGUACAAUGCCUUCUGCAAGACACAGUGGUGCUAAUGCAGCUGCUGGGGAAUGCACUGGAAUUGCACAGCCUGGUGAACCAGCUCAGAGGAGUCCUCCUCCCACACUGUCUACUCCCGUGAUAAAUUCCUUGGUUUAUUCUGAGCCUCCCAUUGGCCCAAGUGAGCAGCUAACUUCUAAUCAGCCAAACCAGCAGCCCCCAUUCAUCACCUCUCCUCAUGAACUUGCUUCCUCUCUGGUGGAAGAAGAUGAGCAGCAUUCUGAAGCAGAUGAGCCUCUCUCAGAUGAUCCCCUAUCAGAUGAGCCCCUGUCACCUGCUGAGGAGAAACUGCCCCACAUUGAUGAGUAUUGGUCAGACAGUGAGCACAUCUUCUUGGAUGCCAAUAUCGGUGGGGUGGCAAUUGCACCCGCUCACGGCUCUGUUUUGAUUGAGUGCGCCCGACGAGAGCUUCAUGCUACGACUCCUGUUGAACAUCCCAACCGGAAUCAUCCUACACGCCUCUCCCUUGUCUUCUACCAGCACAAAAACCUGAAUAAACCCCAACAUGGUUUUGAACUAAACAAGAUUAAAUUUGAGGCUAAAGAGGCUAAGAAUAAGAAAACUAAGGCUUCAGAGCAGAAAGAUCAGGCAGCUAAUGAGGGUCCUGAACUGUCCCCUGAAGUUAACGAGUUGAACCAAAUUCCUUCUCAUAAAGCGUUAACAUUAACCCAUGACAAUGUUGUCACCGUGUCUCCUUAUGCUCUCACAUAUGUUGCAGGGCCCUAUAACCACUGGGUCUGAAGGCUUUUCUCCCCUUCUUAAUGCCUUUGCUAGUGCAGUGUAUUUUUUUCAAGGUGCUGUUAAAAGAAAGUCAUGUUGUCGUUUACUAUAUCUUCAUCUCACCCAUUUGAAGGCUGAGGUAAAAAAAUAAAUAAAUGGGGUGGGGAUUUCUUAACUGUGACUAUAUUUUGACAAUUGGUAGAAGGUGCACAUUUUAAGCAAAAAUAAAAGUUUUAUAGUUUUAAAUACAUAAAGAAAUGUUUUGGUUAGGCGUUAACCCUGAUAGAAUCACUCAGUUUGGUGCUUUAAAUUAAGUCUGUUUACUAUGAAACGAGUCAUUUUUAGAGGAUUUUAACAGGUUCAUGUUCUAUGAUGUAAAAUCAAGACACACAGUGUUAACUCUACACAGCUCCUGGUGCUUAACCACAUUGACACAGUUAAAAAUAAGCUGAAUUAAUUCAUGGUGCCAUUGUUCCAACAUCUUCCAAUCAUUGCUAGAAAAGCAGCAUAUUCCCUUGAAAUAAACCAAUGAAAUGUUUUCUCUCUUAAACUAUUUCUCCUGUAUAAAAUAAUUCAUAAUUGUUAGUAAUGGUUGGAGGCUGUUCAUAAAUUGUAAAUAUAUAUUUUAAAAGCACUUUCUAUUUUUAAAAGUAACUUGAAAUAGUAUAGUAUAUGAAUCCUAUUGUCUGUUGUUUGUGCAUCUUUGCAUACAAGAGAAAUCAUUUAUUCUUGCUGUGUAGAGUUCCAUCUUGUUAACUGCAGUAUGUAUUCUAAUCAUGUAUAUGGUUUGUGUUUUUUUUAAUGUGUCCUUUCUCUUUCAAAUAUUAGCUACUUAUAAAAAAGUUAGAUAAUGCAAAAAUGGUGAAUUAUCUCUAAAAUUGGAAUUAGGAAACAUUGCCAAUAUUAAUUAACUUUUUCUUUGGAACUAAAUAAGAGUGGUCUCUUCUGAUUUUUUAAGCAACAGUGGCUCCAAUUUACUUUCAUCCCAGCUUUCUCAAUAUAAUCCAUUAAAGAUGUUUCCAUAAGGACAUAGGAUAGACUAGGAUUCAGAAGAGUCAAAUGCUUCCAAUGUUUCAAGGUGAUAAAAUACAAAAAUAAAGUAACCAGAACCCUACCCACUCCAGAUUGCCUUAUUCUGAAGUUCAUACCAAUUCGGAAUAAGAAAAAAAAAUUCCUGUAAAAUUCUUCUGAAAACAAAUCCCCUAUCAUCACCAUGGUCCUCACACCCAAAACAAACCGUAGGAAUGGUACUAUACACAUGGUUUUGCCCAUUAUGCACUAAUCCAAAGUAGUUUGUCUUAGCAUAUUAGUUUCAGGAAAAUGAUAAAAUUAACUUCUCUGAUAUUUGUUCUAGGUAACAGGAAAAUAAAGCACUCCAUUUAUUUCAGUUCUCCCAUUACUUUACUGACUCGUUUUACAGCAAGACAAAAAAAGAUUGCCCAAACAAAAUGUUUAGAACAAGAACUUUCAAUGAAAUACUUGAUUCUGUUAAAAUGCAGAGGUGCUAUAACAUUCAAAGUGUCAGAUUCCUUAGGAGUAUGGAAAACCUAACGGUGCUUCUCCCUUGGAAAUGCCAUAGGAAGUUCACAACCGCUAAUACUCACAAUUUUGGUGCAAAAGCAAAUGAUUCCAGCAAGCUCUCUAAAGAAAAACUCAUUGUAACUUAUAAUAAAAUAACAUAUGGUGCAAAGUAUAAGUUUCAAGCUUUUGACUAAUUCAAGUAAAGGAAUAUGAAGGGAUUGUAAAUAACAAAAUGUCAGUUGAUAGAUCAUCUUGUACAAGUAGAUUUCUGCUUCUUGAAUAUGUAAAAUAGGGUAAUUCAUUGACUUGUUUUAGUAUUUUGUGUGCCUUAGAUUUCUGUUUCAAAACAUGUAUAUUUUUGUGAGCCUAAGGUUUCUUAUACAUAUAAGUAUAUAAAUAAGUGAUUGUUUAUUGCUUCAGCUGCUUCAGUAAGGUAUUUACUAGUAUUAGACUAUCAGGAAUACACCCUUGUGAUACUAUGUUUUAGAUUUUAGCUCCCACUAGAAAUUAUUUCCUCACCAGAUUUAAUGGAUAAAGUUUUAAGGCCCUUUAUCCAUCCACCCAUUCUUCCAUUCUACAAAUACUUAUUGAAUGCCUCCAAAAUUUAAGUAUAGCUUUUGUUUUUCUUUAAAUUGUCACCUCUGACAUAGUAAACUUGAAGAAUUACAAUCCUUAAAGAAGCCCUUACAACUGUUUUUUAAAAGAAACAGCAAAUUUCCUUUAAAACAAUUAUUGUGAUAUAUCUGCAAGAAUUCAACCUAGUCUGUUACUAACUUAAACGAUUUAUAUACAUUUCUUAACAAUUUAAAUUUUAAAUGCUAAAUUGACUUAUGGGAAUAUUGGAAUUUCUGAAGCCUGUUGCAGUUCACCAAAACAAUUACAUGGAAAUACCCAGUCUCAAAUAAAAUGUUUCCAUUCCAUUGUUACAAUUAACAUCAUAAAUGAUGAACUGUCUCAACUGAUAACCUGGCUGUGGGAACCACUCAUGAUUCCUACUUUGUUGGAUUCUUAUUCCUAAAUUGAACAGUUUUCCAUCCCAUUCUCUGCUCUGUGGUUUAAAAAAACUUAUGCUCAUUCAAUGUUCUACAGCAUUGUGAUUGUAUGCUGGCUACACUGCUUUUAAAAUGCUCUUUCUCACGAAGCAAGGAAAUAAAUUGUUUGAAAUGAAACACUCACUCAGAAAACUGGUCAUCUAACAUUAUUUCUGCUACUCUGUUAUGUUUUACUGUAAUGAUCACCUUUUCUUUCACCUCUUAUAGCUAGCACCCAAAUUUAAUUUUAAAUCUUUUGCCUCUGUUCAUGGUAUUCAUUGGUUUCACUGACACAUAACCCCCAGUUUAGCCCCACCUGUUCAUAAUGUCACACACUUAACAAAUAUGAGUCUAACUCCUGCCUACUACAGAAUCCUUCACCCUGCUGCUCUUCAAAAUAUAUUUCUCUUGGGCCAUUGUUGAAAUUUUUUUCCCCUUGCACUUGUGAGCCUCACCUAUAUCUUGUUUCCAAUUCCUCCACAAAGUUCUAAGUAGCAACCUAGUUGAAAUAUAUUAUUAAUUGAAAGUGAGGCUAUCUGAAAACUUAAAGCUGUAUGUAAAUUUUAUGUUAGCCAAUCUUUGCAUCUUAAAUAACUUUCCAACAUCUUUAUUAUGCAAUGUGCAUGUGGCUGAAAUAUUUUCAUUUGUUAAAUACAGAAUUUCAACCGAUGAGUCCAUAAGCAAUUUGCUUAAGACAUAACUCCAGUACAUUGUUUACUGAAUGCAGACCCUUGUGUAAAUGACCUAUUGACUUAAUUCAUAUGAAGUAACCUACCUGCCAAUGCUAUUAUUUCAGUGGAUUCCUACUGAUUAUUUCACCAUAGCAUGUAUGAAAAGUCUCCAAACAUAUUUAAGUUUAGUCUUUAAAAAAAAUUAUACUGAGAUCCUUUUAUCUGGGACAAACUUAUGACAUUAUUGCAUGACAACAUCCACCGACAGUAGGCACUGCAUUUCCUUUGAAAGUGCCAACUAAAUCAGUAGCUGUAUGCCACCUUUAAUAAUAUAUAGCUACCUUCUAUUUCACCCCUUAAUGCAUGGAACUAAUUUUUUUUUUUGUCUAGGUUUAAUACAACUGUGAAUUUUUAUCUUUUGUAGAAAUAAAUGAAAGGAGAAUUGUGAAGUAAGAUAAUAAGGUAGUGGUCUCUCACAAUCCUGGAAGCCACCUUAGAAAUCACAUAGUUCACUCACUGGGGCCCAGCGAGCAGAGGUUAAUGUGUUUGCAGUUAGAAUUUAAACAGUCAAAUCAAGGUCAUUUUGUGGUUAAGAGGGUUUAAAAAAAACAAACUUGAUUUGCUCACCCAGGAAGUAAUUUAUCACAGGGAAAUACUUAUUUUGGUACAAGUCAAAAACUAAAUGACUGAGAUUUUUUGGAGGUUCAGGGAAAGAAAUUUUUAAGUGAAAUUAGAUCAAGAUUCCCCUGACUACAGAGUUUUGUGGGCCUUGUGUGGGAACACUGACUUUUACCUGUGAAGCUGUCCUGUUAACACAUUCUACAAAAUGUGGCAAUAGUCUUAUUUGGAAUUUCAAUAGACAAGUAUUAACUGUUUAUACAGUACAGGUUUUUAUUUCCCCCAAACCUAGUGAGAGUCAUAUAUAUAUGGAGUUAGAAAAGAUUGGAUGAUUUAAAUAAUUAGUAAAGUUUUUAUUUCCACUGUAUAUACCACCUAUUCAUGCCUCUUUGUGUAUACUACACUCCACAUCUCUUGCUUAGUUGGCUUCACAAUUAAGUCUCAGUAUUGUUUAUUUUUAUAUUGGGUGUCUACCUGUAUUUAUGCUCAGCAACUAAACUUGCCCAUAAGUGGACUGAACUUGUAAACUUGACAACAAUAGUAUGGCACUAUUUACAUGAUCUCGUCGAAUUGUGCUCCAUGCUGAGCUUUCUUCUAACAGGUUCAGAAAACGAUGCCAUCCUGAACUCUGUACUGUAGUUCAGAAGGUCAGAAUCAGUGUGCUCUUCAUGGGAAGCUGAAUUUAUGUACAUUCUUAGAAUAUAUUGAGAUUCAUUGGCAUCUUUUGCUUUUCUUAGGUAUAUAAAAUGGAAACAGUUCUCUGUUAAUUUCUGAAAACGUGGAGCCGGCCUUUAUGCAUGACAUCACUAUUUCUAUCCCCACUGAACAAACUUUAGUUCUCUGCCUUCCAGUAUCUGGAUGACUUUGUUUCAAUAUCUGUUUCUUAUGGACUCCAAUAUUUUUAUCCCCACUGAACAAAUAUCACUGUUUGCUUCAAAAGGAAUGUAUUUUAGUACUUGAAGUACACCAAAGGUAUAUCUCAUUAUGCCAUUUCUAAUUUUCACUUCUCCCCAUAAUGCCCCAUAAAGUUUUUAAAUAUCUCUUUUGGUAGUAUGCAACAUUUAGUAUUUCUGGCUUUAAAGGUUCUAUACUAGUCUCCUCCUGGUUAGCUCCACCCUUACUGUGAUAUCCAUGAUUCUGCCUGGGUCACAACUUUUCUUUAGUUUGUUCAGCCAUGGAUGCUCCCUAAGUUAAAGCAAAACUUUGUCCAAGGUAGGAAUGUUAUUGUCAGAUGUUAAACAUAUUAGUUGAUUUAACUGUUUUAUGUUUAAGUGCAACUUUGGAAACCCUUGUUUAACAAUGUAAACCUAGUAGUUUUCCUAAAAACAGAAGUUUUGUCCCAAGCAGCUGUUAUUAAAUGCAUUCUCUCUUGUCUUAUUCAUAAGAAAAAAUCUUGCAGCUAUCAGAAACAUUUUCAAUUUAGGAGAAACAAUAUUGGAGAGUAAUUUGUUUUGUUUUUAUUUUUCCCCUCUAUUUGGCAAAGCAUGAACUUAGAAUCCUUAACAAGAAACUCUGCUUAUUAUUUUUCUUUUCUUAUUUUACUGAGGUUGCAAUGUCACUAAAUGCACUUUGAUUCUUUUUACAGUUUUUAUUCUUUCCUCUGAUUUUCUUUAAAUUAAAUAUCUAUUGUGUCCCCUCACCCCCCAUCUCCAUUCCCCAUAUUGUCUGCAUUCAUACUCUUGGUUCAUUCUAAGAAUAACAGUGAUCUUGGUCAAGUUGUCUUUUCCUGUCUUUUAAAUCCUGUUUCACUAGUUCUCUUAGGUUCAAUACAAAAAGGAAUCAAGAGCUUUUAUUAUUUAGCCCAUUUCAGUUAGAGCAAAUUCAGUUUUUAAGAAAAGGUUGUGAAUCACGGAGUCACAGGUUAACAUCAAGUCUUGUCUUUUCUCUACAAUGUUUAACUCUCUUAACUCAUUAAUAUUUAAGUGCUUUUCAAACGAUUGUACAUGAAGUUAAAUAUCCUAGGACUAUUUCUGUAUACCGUUUAUCUUAGUAAUUAUAAAUUGGCUGACCAAUGACAUUGAAUUAAUAAAGGAUUUGAUCUAUAAAAUAGUAUUUCUUUGCAUGUUUUCCUCCUCUCUCCAUCCAACUUUAUGGAUAGUAUCUACUUUCUAAUGUAAAUUCCCCCUUUUUAAUUCUUUAAUUGUGCGUUACUAAGAACUAUUCUAUAACCUGGGAGAGAAAGGAAGGUUAAAAAUGAAAGAGUUCUUAAAAAGGUGACAAGUAAGUCAUCAGAAGCUCUUCUGAGUGCAAGAGGGGAAAGUUGAGAGGCAAAAAAGAGGGAGAAUUGUAAAACUGUACUCCUGUUGGUCACCUGAGGGUUCUUUCUACCAGCUCAACAUCUGGAAAUACUUUUAAAAUUGCUUCUCCCCAUGUCACACCAAUUCUAUCCAAAAGACAGCUGCUAAAAAGGAGACACCAUUUUGAAAGCAAAUGUGGUAGUCAUAAAAAUAAUAGUCCUUGGACUUUAUGAUGUUUUAGGUUAUCAAAGUGCAUUUUCUUUUGGACAGGGAACGUUGUUCCCAUCUUACAGGUGAGGAACCUGCAGUUAACAAAGAUAUUAAGUGGCUGACUCCAAGACACAGCAAGCCAACCAAUCUGAGACUACAACAUUUAAUAUCUCCAGACUGCUAAAUGCUUUUCUGCAUCGUGAACUACAACUUAUAAAGUGUUACCAAGCAGAAAUUUUGUCAGACCUGAUCUAAAAAUAAUAUAAAACCUACUUCUUAUAUGGAAAAUGUGUUUCAGAAAUACUUUGCUUUCCCUAUUUAUUUAGCCUGCUAUUUUGUCAUGGAUACUGAGGGAGCUUUCCUCAUAUUCCCAGGACUUCUGCAUUAGGGCUUACAUUAAUAAAAUUCUAUUUUUUCCUCUUUAAAAAAAAAACUUGCCAGAUAAUUAAGAAAAGUAAUGAGAUGUAUUUGUGAAGCUUUUAGUAAACUCUUUAUAGCUAUAAAGAGUCAUAAUAUUUUUUCUAUCUUAUCAAUACAUUAUGGAAAAUAAAGAACUGCCCAACCCUAAACAGCCCUGAAUAUACUACACCUUGGGUGAUUCAGUUCCCCAACUGCCUAUCUUCACCAAUGCCUGUUUGUGAUGUUAUAAAAUGACUGAUGACAUAAGACUUUACAAAAACAGCGCUUUUAAAUAAAAGAAUGAAUGUUUUUUUAUCAUAAUUUGUUUUUUUAAAACUGUUCUAACUGAAUAAGACUAAAUGAAUACUAUUUAACUUUUAUGAUAUAACAUUGUGAUAGGUGCUUUGAGAAAUAUUUUUCCAGAAAUAGUUUUAUCGUACAAAGGGCAGCUUUUGCAUUGUGACAUAUUGGUGGAUGAUCAUCUUUGGGUUAAGACUUCAUGAAGUGUUCCCUAAGAGAAACCCGCAAGCCUACCUGGCAGAAAGAAAGGCAUUAAUUUCCAGUUUGUUCAUUUUUUCUCAUGCUAUAUGGUGACCCACCAAGUAGAUACCCUGGUCAAAAGAAAGGCCGGCAUGAUUAUUGUUAGUGGGAAUAAAAUACUCACAGAUUCUUCACCAUGGUGAAAUACAGUAGUACUGAAUUCCCAAAAGAGAAAUAUCAAUUUCAUCAGUUAAUAUUCCUGUCCUAGGUGACUUGUUUUUCAUCUUUUGGGUGUAUUUACUAUUUAUUUAUACCUUUAAUCUUCUGAUUUUAGGGAUUUAUUUUUACCUAUUGCUGUCCUACUGUCUAUCCCAUACAAUGAAAUAAGUUAGUAAGGAAAUGCUUUUAAAAAUCCGCAAAUAUCCGUUUUUAGUUCUUAACAUAUGGGGAAACAGUUUAAAGAAAAAGCACUUCACCAUGUUUAAGAGAAAGAGAAAAUCUUAAUGAUGAUUUCAAUUCAUGGUCAACUUUUUGUCCUCUGCAGACAAGGGAACACUUACUAGCAGUACUUGAAGACUUGUGAGUUGGAAUUGCAUGUUACUUGAAAGAUCUAAUUAAGCUAAAUUUUGGUGCACAGCAGUUUAUGUAAUUUCAUGUUUAUGUAGCAAAAUGCAUUGAAAUGUACUAGUAUUGAAACAUACAUGUAAAGAUAGUUGUGGAAAUUGUCUAUUAUAUUUUCCUUGUGUGUCUCAUUUGUUUAGAGCAUAAAUUUUUUUUUUAAAUUGUUCUAACUGAAUAAGGCUAAAUGAAUACUGUAAUUGAAAAUAUAUUUUAAAUCUUUGUCAUGAGUUUUUAAAAAAACUAUUGCAAAUUGUAUCAUUCCUGAUUACACAGAACUUUG